UCCCUCUUCCCUCCUCCUCCCGCCGCCCGGCCCGGCCCGGCUCCGCUCGCCAUGGGAGAUGUGGUCUCCACGCACCUGGACGAGGGUCGCCGCCAGCACAUCGCGGAGAAGACAGGGAAGGUGCUGGGGGAGUUCUGCAGGUGCUACAAGGAGCAGUACGGGGUAGCUCUGUUCAACAGCGUCCGCUAUGAGAUCGAGGGCAACGGGGGCCCGCAGGCUCAGCUGCUGCACCGCAAGGUCCCUCUGGAGGACCAUGUCAUCUACUCGGGCAACAUCUUCCAGUACAUCGAGGAGAACAAGAAGUGGCGGAACCGGUUCUGCGUCGUCCCGCACAACUACGGCCUGGUCCUCUACGAGAACAAACUGGCCUACGAGCGGGAGCUGCCGCCCCGUGUGCUGGUCAACAGCGCCGGCUACAAGGUGCUCACCUCCGUGGAGCAGUACCUGGAGCUGGUGAACAACAGCCUGCCUGGUGUGACACCCAAAUCAGGGCACUCCCCCAUCCUGAAGUGCCCCACGGAUUUCCCCCUCAUCCUCUGGCACCCCUAUGCCAGGCACUACUAUUUCUGUGUGAUGACGGGCAAGGAGCAGGACAAGUGGCGAGCGGUGUUCCAGGACUGCGUCCGGCACUGCAACAACGGGAUCUCUGAGGACUCCAGGGUGGAGGCUCCAGCCUUCACGGACGCCGUGCGCAUGUACCGCCAGGCCAAGGAGCAGUUUGGCACCUGGGACAUGCUGUGCGGCAACGAGACCCAGGUCCUGAGCAACCUGGUGAUGGAGGAGCUGCUGCCCGAGCUCAGGAGCACCAUCGGCCCCCGGCUGAAGGGGAAGGCUCCGGAGCGCCAGCGGACCUGGAUCCAGAUCUCAGAUGCCGUGUACAGGAUGGUCUAUGAGCAGACCCAGGCCCAGUACGACGCUGCCAGGGCGCGGUGCGAGCAGGAGCGGCCCCGGCUGGAGAGCACCAUCCGCACCGACAUGGACCAGAUCAUCACCUCCAAGGAGCACCUGGCCAGCAAGAUCCGAGCCUUCGUGCUGCCCAAAGCAGAGGUCUGUGUGAGAAACCAUGUCCAGCCCUACAUCUCCUCCAUCCUGGAGGCCCUGAUGACCCCCACGAGCCAGGGCUUUGCCGAGGUGAGGGAGGUGUUCUUCAAGGAGGUGACAGACAUGAACAUGAACGUCGUCAACGAGGGUGGCCUGGAGAAGCUGGUGGAGUACAUGGAGAAGCUGUCCCACCUGGCCUUCCACCCCGUGAAGAUGCAGUCGUGCUAUGAGAAGAUGGACCAGCUGAAGCUGGAGGGUCUCCAGCAGCGAUUCGAUGUCUCCAGCACGUCUGUCUUCAAGCAGAGGGCCCAGAUCCACAUGAGACAGCAAAUGGAUGAUGCCGUGCACACCUUCGAGACGCUGCUGCACCAGGAGCUGGGGAAGCUGCAGGGCAAGGACGACCUGUGCAAGUCCAUCCAGCGCAUCCUCGAGAGGGUGCUCAAGAAGUUCGACUAUGACAGCAGCACGGUGAGGAAGAAGUUCUUCAGGGAGGCCCUGCUGCAGAUCACCAUCCCCUUCCUGCUGAAGAAGCUGGCACCCACCUGCAAGGGGGAACUGGCCAAGUUUCAGGAGCUGAUCUUUGAGGACUUUGCCAGCUUCAUCCUGGUGGAGAACACGUACGAGGAGGUGGUGCUGCAGUCAGUCAUGAAGGACAUCAUGCAAGCCGUGAAGGAGGCGGCGGUGCAGCGCAAGCACAACCUGUACCGGGACAGCAUGGUCCUGCACAACAGCGACCCCAACCUGCACCUGCUGGGCGAGGGCAUCCCCAUCGACUGGAGCGAGGAGUACCCGGGGCAGCCCGAGCCCGAACCGGCCGGGCAGGGCGACCGGCGCCGCAGGGCCAGGCAGGUGGUGUCGGUGAUCCAGGAUGACGAGGGGACCCUGCCCUACGAGAUGGGCACCGAGCCGCGGGAGCCGCAGGAUCCCGGAGUGCCACCCAGCUCCCCGGGUGGGGUGAAGGAGAUCCGGGAGGCGCUGGCACAGGAGAGCCCCGGGGACGGCGCUGGGGAGGAGGAGGAGGAGGAGGAGCAGCUGACGAACGGCACCGAUGCCGCGCGGGAGGGCGGCGCCGGCGAGGAGGGGGUGGCAGGGUCUGUGCCGGGGGGUGUCACCCCCCGAGGUCCUGCCAGUGAAGGGGAUGGGCUGCACUGCCCCACACCGGCAUCGCCUGGAGCCGAGGCCCCGCCUGGGGCUGCGAUGAGACGUGUUGCACCAGCGCCGCCUGUGCCCGGAGCUGCGGGCCCACCGGGAGCUGGGGGGCGACGUUCCACACCAACAUCUCCUGUCCCUGGAGCUGAGAUCACGUCAGGGCCUGGGGAACAACGUCCUGCACCAGCAUCUCCUGUGCCCAGAGCUGAGAUCCCAUCAGGGGCUGGGGAACAACAUCCUCCACCAACAUCCCCUGUCCCUGGAGCUGAGAUCCCGUCAGGGCCUGGGGAAAAACGUCCUGCACCAGCAUCUCCUGUGCCCGGAGCUGAGAUCCUGCCAGGGGCUGGGGAACAACAUCCUGCACCAGCAUCCCCUGUCUCUGGAGCUGAGAUCCCAUCAGGGCCUGGAGAAAAACGUCCUGCACCAGCAUCCCCUAUCUCUGGAGCUGAGAUCCUGUCAGGGCCUGGGGAACAACGUCCUGCACCAGCAUCUCCUGUCCCUGGAGCUGAUGUCCCAUCAGGGGCUGUUGUGCCACAGGUCACGCCAAGAUCAUCCUUGCUGGCAUCACCUGUGCCCAGAGCCGAUGUCCCCUCAGGGGCUGAGGUGCCACAUGCCACACCAAGAUCAUCCGUGCUGGCAUCACCUGGAGCCAACGUCCCAGCAGAGCCCAGCCUGCCCCACGCUGCACCAGCAUCCCCCAAAGCCGAUGUGCCAGCAGAGGUGCCCCACGUCACACCAGCAUCGUCCCCGGCCCCCGGAGCCCAGAGCGCCGGGACAGAGCGUCACCGGCCCAGCGACCAGGAGACGGGCGAGGAUGUGACCCCUCCGGGCCCCCCGCAGCCCACGGGCACCACAGAGAGCGGUGAGGGGGUGCAGACUGAGUUCUAGCCCAGCCCCCCCUGCUGUGGACUGGCCCCGGGGACGCUGGGGGUUGGGGAGGGGGAACAGGAUCCCUGCCGGGGAUAGAGAGCAGCGCCGCGGGAGAGGGAGGGGAUGGGAACACCGAGACCUUACUGCCUUGCCGGGGGUCCCCGCUGCCGUGGGGGGGCCGGCCACAGCCACCGGGUCGGACUAGGGGUGACCCCAGCCCGGCACAGGGCACCCCCUGCACUCUGCUCUGUCCUUCUUCUGCCUUAUUUCCUUUUCUACUGAAGAGAUGCUUUACUGAAGAGAUGCUUUAUCUGCCCACCAGCACAAGUGCCUGGGGUUGCUGGGGGGGGGUGCUGGCACUCGCCCCACUUGGGGUGGGGGUGUGGGAUGCUCCUGGCUGCUCCGGGGUCAUCCCCUGCCCCAAUCCGAGGGGUUUCCCGGGAGCUUGCUCACCACCACCCCACCCGGCCGGCUCCGGGAGUGCCAGUGGGAAUGGGGACUGCAGGGGAUCGUGGAAAACGCGAGGACAAGCAGGGGCACGGCAGGGAUACAGCCAUGCUGGGGGGAGUGGAGUGCUGCCGAGGGGGUGAGAGCUGGGGCAAGCAUGGGCUCGUGGGACCCAGGCUGAGCUUACAGCAUCCAGGCCAGGCUUAUGGCACCCAGGCUGGGCUUGUGCUAGCCAGGCUGGGCUUGUGGUACCCGGGCUGGGUUCAUGUUGUCCAGGCUGGGCUCACAGCACCCAAGCUGGGCUCACACACCCAGAGUGGGCUUGUGGUACCCAGGCUAGGCUCAUGCACCCAG